GUAAUUCCCAAGGCAUUAGUUUUAUUUCCUUAAUCACAUCAACUAGUUAGCUAUAGUUCUUUCUUUUUUAAAAAAAAGUUGUAAUUAAAAAGAUUUUCAGCAGACAGAACCCUUUUGACUUAACUUUCUACUUUCUUACAAUUCUACGAGAAAUUAGGAAAAAUCACCCACUCCCACCACUUCCCCUGCUCAACCCAAAGAAAACGAGAAAAAAGACCAUUCUUAUUUGGGAAUAUCUAACAGUUAUUAAACUCUCCAGCAAAAUAUCUUAUAGUUUCCUCAGAUUUGGAUCUCUGUGUUUUAUGAGCUUAGAUACUUUGAUCCGUCAAGUAAAAAAUAUGAACUAACGGUUUCAGGUUACAGAGGAUGAUGAUCUGCUAGCUUAUUAGUUUCAAAGGGAGUAUUAGAGAUAUAAAUUUUUUUGGUUAGAGAUGGAGAGUUACUUGAAAGAGAAUUUCGGAGAGGUUCAAGCGAAGAAUUCGUCGGAGGAAGCGUUGCAGAGAUGGAGGAAGUUGUGUUGGCUGGUCAAGAAUCGCAAGCGUAGGUUCCGAUUCACCGCCAAUCUCUCCAAGCGUUUUGAAGUCCGCGCUAUCCAACGAUCCAAUCAGGAGAAGCUUAGGAUUGCAGUGUUGGUUUCGCAAGCUGCUCUUAGUUUCAUUCAAGGUAUUAGUUACUCUCCUCCGGAAGAAGUCAAAGCUGCAGGUUUCCAAAUUUGUGCUGAUGAGUUAGGAUCUAUUGUUGAAGGACGGAAUUUGAGGAAGCUUAAGGUUCAUGAUGGGGUUGAGGGUAUAGGAAGUAAACUCUCAACAUCAUUUACAGAUGGGAUUAGCAGUACUGGUGAUUUGGUUGAUCGAAGAAAACAAAUUUAUGGAAUUAAUAAAUUUACCGAAAGCCCUGUGAAAGGGUUCUGGCUUUUUGUUUGGGAAGCUCUUCAGGAUACAACACUUAUGAUUCUUGCAGUAUGCGCCCUUAUAUCUCUAGUAGUCGGGAUAGCAACAGAGGGCUGGCCAAAGGGUGCUCAUGAUGGACUUGGGAUAGUUGCCAGUAUUUUGUUAGUAGUUUUUGUCACCGCAACAAGCGAUUAUCGACAGUCAUUGCAAUUCAAGGAUUUGGACAAAGAGAAGAAAAAAAUCGCUGUGCAGGUUACUAGAAAUGGAUUCAGACAGAAGAUAUCUAUAUAUGACUUACUUCCUGGUGAUAUAGUUCAUCUUGCUAUUGGGGAUCAGGUCCCUGCUGAUGGGCUCUUUAUUUCGGGUUACUCUUUGUUGAUAGAUGAAUCGAGCUUAACCGGAGAGAGUGAACCGAUUAAUGUGACUGCUGAGAAUCCUUUUCUCCUUUCUGGAACUAAAGUGCAAGAUGGUUCCUGCAAAAUGCUUGUUACUACUGUUGGAAUGAGGACCCAGUGGGGUAAGUUGAUGGCCACUCUCAGUGAAGGAGGAGAUGAUGAGACACCCUUGCAGGUAAAACUGAAUGGAGUAGCAACUAUCAUUGGGAAGAUAGGUUUAUUUUUCGCUGUUAUCACAUUUGCUGUUUUGGUGCAAGCAUUGUUCAGCCGCAAACUAAGAGAAAUGUCCCACUGGAGCUGGUCUGGAGAUGAUGCCUUGGAAAUGCUUGAAUACUUUGCAAUUGCAGUCACAAUUGUUGUAGUUGCAGUUCCAGAAGGUUUACCCCUUGCUGUUACAUUGAGCCUUGCUUUUGCCAUGAAAAAGAUGAUGAAUGAUAAAGCACUUGUUCGCCAUUUGGCUGCCUGUGAGACGAUGGGAUCUGCCACAACUAUUUGUAGUGACAAGACUGGUACACUAACUACAAACCAUAUGACUGUGGUUAAGACAUGCUUCUGUAAUAAAAUUUUUGGCUCAGUGGACUCAUCUAGCUUAAGUUCUGAAAUUCCUGAUUCUGCAAAAGAGAUUCUGCUUCAAUCCAUAUUUAAUAAUACUGGAGGAGAAGUAGUAAAGAGUGAAGGUGGGAAGAUAGAGAUCUUGGGAACACCAACUGAAACUGCACUAUUGGAAUUUGCUCUUUCACUCGGUGGAGAUUUUCAUGCUGAGAGACAAGCAUCAAAACUAGUGAAAGUUGAACCAUUUAAUUCUACGAAGAAGAGGAUGGGUGUGGUUUUGCAACUUCAGGGAGGAGUUUUCAGGGCACAUUGUAAAGGGGCAUCUGAAAUAAUUCUGACUGCAUGUGACAAGUUCCUGAAUGAAGAAGGAGAGGUUGUUCCUCUUGAUGAAGCAUCCAUCAAUUCUCUCAAUGAUACGAUCGAACAAUUUGCUUCUGAAGCUCUUCGAACCCUGUGUCUUGCUUACAAGGAAAUUGGAACUGAGUUCUCAGCCAAUUAUUCAAUUCCCUUUGAGGGUUACACUUGCAUAGGGAUUGUGGGUAUUAAAGACCCUGUUCGUCCUGGUGUGAAGGAAUCUGUUGCAAUUUGUAAGUCUGCUGGUAUCAUUGUGCGAAUGGUCACUGGAGACAAUAUAAACACUGCUAAGGCAAUAGCAAAAGAGUGUGGGAUUUUGACGGAUGAUGGCAUAGCUAUAGAAGGGCCUGAUUUUAGGCAGAAGAGUGAGGAGGAGUUGCUUGAAAUCAUUCCUAAACUGCAGGUCAUGGCUCGAUCUUCGCCAAUGGAUAAACACACUCUGGUGAAAUACUUACGCACAACAUUUCAAGAAGUUGUUGCAGUGACAGGAGAUGGCACAAAUGAUGCCCCUGCACUUCAUGAAGCAGAUAUUGGGCUUGCAAUGGGCAUAUCCGGGACAGAGGUAGCUAAAGAGAGUGCAGAUGUCAUUAUUCUUGAUGAUAAUUUCUCCACCAUUGUAACUGUUGCUAAGUGGGGAAGGUCAGUUUAUGUAAACAUCCAGAAGUUUGUGCAGUUUCAAUUAACAGUCAAUGUUGUUGCCCUGAUUGUCAACUUCUCUUCGGCCUGUUUAACAGGCAAUGCUCCUCUCACUGCUGUUCAACUGCUCUGGGUCAACAUGAUCAUGGAUACACUGGGUGCACUUGCUCUGGCCACUGAACCACCAAAUGAUGAAUUAAUGAAGCGGCCUCCUGUUGGAAGGAAAGGAAACUUUAUCAGCAAUGUUAUGUGGAGGAACAUUUUGGGACAGUCCAUUUAUCAAUUUGUUAUCAUCUGGUAUCUUCAGACAUCAGGGAAGUCUGUUUUCCAGCUUGAUGGCCCCGAUUCUGAUUUGAUCUUGAACACCCUCAUUUUCAACUCCUUUGUGUUUUGUCAGGUGAGCUGUUGAAAUGAAUAUUAUAUUUUUUUGAUAUUGAUUCAUCCAUGUCAGACGCAUCAUCUCCAAGUAUUGUAAUUCUGCGUGCCUAUGAUGAGUGUUUUACAGUUUUCUGCAAGAUUAUCAUUAUAAAGAAUAUAGAUUGACAAAUAUUUUUGUUCAUAAAUUGCGCGGCCUGCCAUAUGGUUGUUUCCUCUGUGAAGUUGUUUUUGAUAUCUUUGUUAUUGCUCUCUACUUUAUCGAUGCUGGUAAAACUUGUAGAUCAGUGUUGCAAUCUGUGUUGCGACAGCUUUGUUUAAACAAUUUUUAAAUUUUUUUUGAUUCUCCAAAUUUAUUGAAGUGCAGCUGCUAAAAGUUCAUCUUAUUGAUCAUUAUUCAAAUUUGCUUCACUGAUUCAAAGUUGGAUUUUUCACAGGUGUUUAAUGAGAUUAGCUCCAGGGAUAUGGACAACAUCAACGUUUUCAAAGGCAUACUGAAAAAUUAUGUCUUUGUAGCUGUGCUCAGUUGCACAGUCCUCUUCCAGGUCAUUAUUGUAGAAUUUCUAGGCACUUUCGCAAACACUUCUCCCCUAACUUGGCAGCAGUGGUUUGCUAGUGUCUGCUUAGGGUUUCUCGGAAUGCCAAUAGCAGCUGCCAUUAAGAUGAUUCCUGUUGGAUCAUUCUGAAACGUAUUAGGAAAAAUGCUAACCGAUUUUUCCACCCCUCCUGAGGACAUUAUUUUUUCUUGAACCUUGCAAGUGGUGGAAUGGAAAAGUGCUUGUGGGAAUUGUUCUAGUCGGCUGAAAAUGCCAGCACAUUCAGUUUGGAGAUAUUUCUUCAAGCGAGGAUAUGCUGAAGGGGUAAACUGCAAGGAGGCUGUAAGGACUAACAUGAAUUCUUUGUUCAGAGAAGUUUUGAAGGUCUAGGAAUAUGUUAUAUGUUUUGCUAGUGAAGGGAUAAUUCUGAACAUAUGAUUGUUUACUUUCAUGAUUGGUGAUAUUCCUAAUGGUUGAUUUAACUCUUAGUACCUCCAUGGAUUUCAAGAUAUCCAUUCUUUACUUCUUUUUUUUCUUUUUCUUUUUUUUUUUUCCCAUUGUUGAAAUUUCAAUCUUCAUACUUUCAUGUUAUUCGAGGAUGUCUUAACGGAUUUACUCCGAGAUUAUGAACUGAGUAGAAUCGUAAAAGCAUUUCCUAGAAUAAAUGAUGCAUGUCUACAAGCUAUGAUGAUGUUGCAUUAAGAAUGCAGUUUCAAUAGCUUUUACAAAGGACAAUACAAUGUUUAGAAGUAAGAUUAUUAUUACCGGAUAGGAAGGGUACCACUUUAAGUUUGUGUUACAGGUAGAUUGUCGAGCUUACCUUUAUACAAUGUAUGAACCUAAGUUAUAC